CCAUCGCAUCGUCUCGGCAUAGGGGCAUUCCUUCCGUGCAAGCAACAACAACAGCAACAACUACGGAAGAAUUGUCCGGAAUCCUCCGACCGGCAUUGCUGCUUCGCACCAGCUUUUCUUCGCGGUCGAUCAAUGAUACAAUGUGCGUGUGUAGGAUACAGCAAUUGUUAUGAAUGUGGGAACCGCUUCUCGGCCCCCGAACACGGUGCCCAAACGCCCGGGUCCUUGCCCGGCCCUUCGGUGGGGAACGAAAGGCCCCCGCCGGUCGAUCGAAGGCCCACCGACGCACCCUAGGCGGUGGCGGCGGAGAUGCCCGGUGCGACACCGUCGCAGGUCGCGCCGGCCUGGUCGGCGAUCUGGGCCUGGUCGACGUUCGCGCAGAACCCGUAGCCCGCCAGGGAGCACCACUCGCAGGGCUUGUUCGUCGCGUCCAUCGUCUGCUUGCAGGCCUCCUCGUCCCCCUGGAGGGUGGCCAGGAGGCACGAGGGGUCGUUGGGAUCGGAGAGGCCUUCCGUUUGGUCCGCGCCUCGCUCCUUGCUGCAGGAGGCUCCGACCUGCUCGGCAAAGUCGGCCUGGUCGCUGUUCAUGCAGAAAUCGUAGCCCUGGAGGGAGCACCACUCGCAGGGCUUGUUGUCGGCGUCCUUGGUCUGCUUGCACGCGUCCUCGUCUCCUUCCAGCGUGACAAAGAGGCAGGUGGGGUCGUUGGGAUCGGAGAGGCCGGCCUCUUGCUCCGCGCGUUGCUCUCCCGAACCAUCGCUGCAGGUGGCUCCGACCUGCUCGGCGAGAUCCGCCUGGUCGCUGUUCAUGCAGAAAUCGUACCCCUGGACGGUGCACCACUGGCAGGGCUUGUUCUCGGCGUCCAUGGUCUGCUUGCACGCGUCCUCGUCUCCUUCCAGCGUGACAAAGAGGCAGGUGGGGUCGCUCGGAUCGGUGAGGGCCGUGGCCCCCACGGAUUCCCCGGCGGCGGACUCCCGGUCGCUGCAGGAGGCUCCCACCUGCUCCGCGAGCUCGGCCUGGUCGGCGUCCGCACAGAACUCGUAGCCCUGAAGGGAGCACCACUCGCAGGCGUCGCCGUCGACGUCCACCGUGGCCCGGCAGGCCGAUUCGUCCCCCUGGAGGGUAACGGCGAGGCAGGUGGGAUCGUAGGGGUCGAGGACCGCGCGGUCUACCUCCCCGCACGUGGCGCCGACCGUCUGGGCGAUCCUGGCCUGGUCGGAGCUCACGCAGAGCGGAACCCCCUGGAGGGAGCACCACUCGCAGGGCUGGCCGUCCGCGGCGCUGGUCUUCUCGCAGGAUGCCUGGUCGGUGGCAGCCGAGAGAAUGCACGCAAAGUCGCCCGGGUCGCUCGUGUUUGCGGGUGCCUCCUCUGCGGGGAUCGAUCCAAACCCGAGCGCGGACGGCAUCGUGCAGGAAUACACCGAGUGGUCGUCGUAGCCGUCGGCGGUCUCCGUGUCCACGCAGAUUCCGUACCCGCCCUUGCCCUUGUUGUCGCACCAAGCGCACCCGGCGGCGGUGCAAGCGGCCUUCUUUCCGUACUUCUCGCGGCACUCCCAGUAGCGGUCGGGAAACUUGUCGUCGUCGUCGGGGACGGAGUCGUCUCCUUCCGGGGCCUUGUCGUCGUCCGCGGCGGGUGCGUUGUCGUCGUCGUCGUCGUCGUCGUCGUCAUCCUCGUUGUCGCAUUGCAGCGCCGGAAGCAUCUGUUUCAUCUGGGUGGCAAUAGAUUCGUCCACGCAGGCACCGUAGCUACUCAGCGAACACCAAACGCAGGUCGAUCCGUCCUCGGAAGUCGUGGCAUCGCACUGGCUCUGGGAGGCUGUUGGGAUGGGAUAGAAUAGGACAGAUAGAAUGCAAUCGAUCAAAAUUUUGUUGAAUAAGAUUCCGGCAGCGAG